AUGGAGAUCCCCUUAAAGUCACAAGCAAAGGUAUCUCUAACUGAUAUUCGAAAACUUGAUAAUAGCAAAUAUCACAUCGAUAAUGAUGACACUCUUGAUACGUAUGAUGAUGAACACCAAUUGAACAAGUUGACUAGAACUUAUUCAGAGACUGAAGUCAACAAUUUCGAUGAGGAAACAGGACAUAGGUUGUAUGACGACGAAUUAUUUCGUCCAAAGAGAACCUAUAUGGAUCAAGAGACAGAGUCCGGUAUCAGCAGGUUAUACAGUCGAUCUCAUGGGCGUCCAUUUGGAAUCGAAGAUGAAUACAUUCCUGGUUUAAACUUUAGUGACAUGGUUUACAAGUGGAGUGACACACCAGAUUUGUCAAGAACCAACAGCACCAGUUCGUUUUUGGACUUGGAUGAUUUGCAUGCUCGGGUUUCCCCAAAGAAGAUCUUUCAAGGGUCGCUUACGCUGAUGUCAUUGAAACGAAUGAAGACGAGUCAAAGUGAUUUUGACAUGAUCUUAGACAGCUUACCAUCCAAUUUCAAUGAUAUGCCAUACUCCCAGAGGAAAAAAGUAGUGAAGUCGAUCAAUGAAAACGUUGAUUACUCUCAAUUUUCCGUAUACAUGAAGAACUAUUUCGGUAAAAAGACUUUGGCUGGCCGAUUACUUUCAUCGACCACAGACUUGAAAAAGAUAGUUCCCUUGAAUGUUGACGAGAAAGGAGCUAGAGUCAUGGAAUACACAUUGGGUAAAGUCAUAGGGUUUGGUGCGUGGGGUACUAUUCGAGAAUGCUUCGAUAAUAACCAGAACCCCUAUGCCAUGAAGAUUGUUAGCAAUAAGAAGAUGAGUGUCAUUAAUUUAUUCAAGCGAGAGAUUAUGAUUUGGGAGCAGUUGAAUCAUCCAAAAAUCUUGAAACUCUUCAAAUAUCUUGAAACAGAAGAUUCUAUCUUUUGUUUAAUGGACAGAAUCAAAGGUGGAACAUUGUUUGAGUUAGUUCUGAAAUGGGGGGUUAUUGAAGGAAAUGAAGACUUUUCUGAGGAUGCCCAAUCAUUGGGGGGAGGCCCCAUAAGGCCUGUAAGAUCAGCUCAAAGCAUAUCCUCUUUUUCCAUUCCUAGCUCAAGAAGAGUAGAACUUGUAAUCAAUUUCACUAGACAAAUCGUCAAAGGAGUCCAGUAUUUACACAACUCAGGCAUAGUUCAUGGAGAUAUCAAACUUGAGAAUAUCUUGGUUGAUAAGACUAAAGAAGCAGAAGAUGAUUGGCAGAUGAUUAUCUGUGACUUUGGAAUGUCAAGAUUCUAUAGGCUGAGGUCAAGCACAGAAAUCAGAUCCAAAAGUUCCAUGAGCGAAGUCCGCAAACCUUAUAAAGGAGAAAGUCUCCACAGCAGGUUAUUACUCAACGAGUUGAAUGAGAAGUCUCGAUCUAGAAACAACUUAUCAAUUAAAUCUAUGUCAAGAUCGAAUUCUCCCUCAAAGAGUGAGCCUACCCUGAGCAGUUCUCUCGAAAGUAUCAAAAAAUACGUUAGAGAAAUGAAAGCUAAAGAGCUUAAACGUCAAAGUCAAGUGGACCUAGACUUGCCUGAUAGCCACAUUGGAUCUUUACCAUAUGCAUCACCUGAACUAUUGUUACCGAACCCCCCACCACUUGGCCCAUCAGCAGACAUUUGGGCUCUUGGAAUCUUGAUCUAUACUAUGAUCAUGGGAAGACUACCAUUCCAGCAUUUCUAUGAACCCAGGCUCAGAGCCAUGAUUAUAAAGGGCAAAUUCAAUCGGAAGGACUUGGAGAAUGUUCUUAAAGAUCAUGAAUGGGUUAAUGGAUUAAUAACGGGAUGCUUAGAGCUGGAUAUAACCAAACGAUUAGACAUUGAUCUAAUUGACGACAUGAUUGAACGAAACACAAAUACCGCAUAA